AUGCUGCCUUUGUCCCUCCUGCUCUUGGCUCUUCCUUUAGUAAUGGCAGAUGUGUAUUAUAAUGACACUCUGGAUUCUGAAUGGGAGAUCUGGAAGACGACUUACCACAAGCAAUACAACGAUAAGAUGCAGGAACUUAUGAGACGUCUCAUCUGGGAGAAAAAUCUUCAAACAAUCAAGUCACAUAAUCUAGAGUACGCUCAGGGGCUGCACACCUACGAACUGGGCACGAAUAAAUUUGGAGAUAUGACCAAUGAGGAGAUUGUGAAGAUGAUGACAGGCUGGAAAGUCCAUAACAAAAUUGGGCCAACUCACAUCACAUCAGAUGAAAACGAGGAAUCUGCUGAUAUCCCUGACUCUAUUGAUUACAGAGAAAAGGGUUAUGUCACCCCAGUCAGAGAGCAGGGUAUGUGCCAAUCUGACUGGGCUUUAAGCUCAGUUGGGGCUUUGGAAGGACAACUGAUGAAAAAAACUGGAAAACUGGUGGAACUCAGCCCUCAAAACCUGGUUGACUGUGUUGAAGACAAUGCUGGAUGUGGAGGAGGAAAAAUCAAUGCUGCUUUUCAGUAUGUUAAGAAAAACAAUGGGAUAGACUCAGAGAAAGCUUAUCCAUAUGUUGGAAAGGACCAGAACUGUACAUACAAUUCGUCCGGCAAAGCAGCCGAGAUUAAAGACUUCAAAGAAGUCCGAAAGGGCAGCGAAAAAGCAUUGCAGGAAGCAGUGGGAUCUGUAGGGCCAGUCUCUGCACGCAUUGAUGCCAGCCUCAUCACGUUUGCAUUUUAUGAAAAAGGUAUUUACCUUGACAAAAAUUGCGAUAAUGAAAGUUUAAACCUAGCUGUUCUUGUUGUCGGGUAUGGAGUGGAAAAGAAGGGAAAAUACUGGAUUAUUAAGAACUGGAUGGGAGAUGAUUGGGGUGAGAAAGGCUACAUGCUAAUGGCCAGAGACAAGGAUAAUAUCUGUGGUAUUGCAAGUGAUGCCAGUUACCCAAUCAUGUGAAUUCUGCCUGGUGGCCCCAUGAAGAAGACAUUCUCCAGAAUAUUGAAGUCAGAGCCCAGACCAAUCUUUCUGCCUCCCAAUAAUAGUUGCAUAUUUAUUCAUGCAAUUAUGACAUCUUUGUCAUCGUUUCAUCUU